AUGCCGCCUCCAGCAUCCUCAGACACCAUCAAACCAUCCCGCCACCACACCUGGAGCACCACCAGUGUCAAGAGCGGGAGCACCAGUGGCCGCCACGACCAUCACCGCCACCAGCAGCACGACCACCAACAGCAGCAAUAUGGGCAGCCUCGCACCGCUGCCAGGAAGGAAGCUGACGCCGCGACAGUGCAACGAUGGCUAGACAGGCGCGAGCCCACGCAAGAGGACGUGCUGGAUCGCGUCGCGCGGGCCUUUGGACCUGUCAACGACAGGCGCGGGAGGGAGGCGAAGAUGAAGAUGAAGAUGAAGUUGUGA